AGAUACAGAGAGAGAGAGAGAGAGAGAGAAAGGAGGUGAAGGAUAAAGAGGAAUAAAGAGUAAGAGGGACAUACAUCGAACGCGUGUGCGCGCGCACGCCGCAAGUCGGCACGCGAGAGCGGAGUAGUUUUCACCCUUUUCUCUUUGGCGCUCCGUCCAGCGGUAGCAAGUGUACGUGUGCGUGUACGCGAGUGUGUUGUUUCGUUUUUCUUUCGGUUCGCUUUUCGUCGUUGGCGCUCGUUUUUUCGCGCGCGCACACGGGCGGACGAACGGGAAGGAAAAGUCCGCCAAGAGAGACAAGAGAGACGCGUGUGCGGGGCCCAUCGAUCGUACGUCUACUUCUUUUUUGUCGUGUGCUCGACGUGCGAGUUCGUAAAGUACACGUCAAAGUACACUGGAAAUUGUCCUCCAAUUCUCGUCGAAACGAACGACAAAUUGCUCCGUAUACACAUAUAUUUUGUGUAAAGAAGCAGGACUAAAGUCGGCAUAAAUGGCGCUCUCCGCACAAAAUCAGUCGACGUCAUACGUGAACUUAUAUUACUCGAUCGUCCAGCGUGCGGCGACACGCUACUUUAAGGAAUAUUACAAUUCCGAUACUGGCACGCCGUACGUGUUGUACAAGGACAACAUGGAGAGACCCCAAAGCCAGUGGGGCCCUGGCCCGGGAUCUCUCCAGGACGGUGGACUUUACGCUCAACAGCAGCAGCAGCAGCAGCAGCAGCAGCAGCAGCAGCAGCAACAGCAGCAGCAGCAACAGCAGCAGCAGCAGCAGCAGCCGCCCCAACAGAGCUCCUCCUCGUCCGGUAGUCCACAGCAGGCCUGUGGCCCACCGGUCGAGGGUGAAAAUGGAGGUCAGCCGGCCAGUUUGGCCUCGCCUGUACCCUCGCCUUAUCCGUCGGCCCCGCCGGAUCAGCCGCAGGCUCUCACACCAUCUGACGAAGACAUUCAAUCGAGUCAGCAACAAUCGUCGCAACAGCAAAGUGCUCAGCAGCAACAGCAACAGCAGCAACAGCAGCAGCAGCAACAGCAGCAACAGCAGCAGCAAGUACAAAACAGUCAGGGCCAAGAUCACUCGCCCCAGCAGCAAAUCAAUACUCACGACGUCGAGCGCAACGAUUGCUUCCCUGGCACCGGCAGCGAGCUCCAACAAUACCCGCAGCACUACUUCAAGGAGGCCAGGCCCCACCCAUCGCCCUCCGUCCCGCCACACAUGCUAACCCCCGGCGGUUUCUCGGCACUGCACUACCUAAAGCAGCCCGGGGUCAUGCUGACCUCGCUUGGCCAGGGCGACGGCGGACCGAGCGGUCUUGAAGCGCACCAGUAUAGCGGCGCCGGAGGGCCGAACAUGUCAUCGGGACUACCGGACAUCGUCCAGCAGAACGGCAAAUCCAGCAAAUCGACGAACAGCGAGCUACGGCUGUUCAAAUGCCUGACCUGCGGCAAGGACUUCAAGCAGAAGUCCACCUUGCUGCAGCACGAGCGCAUUCACACGGACAGCAGGCCCUACGGCUGCCCCGAGUGCGGCAAGCGAUUCCGACAACAGUCCCACCUGACCCAACACCUGCGCAUUCACGCCAACGAGAAGCCGUACGCGUGCGCCUAUUGCGAGCGCACCUUCAGGCAGCGCGCCAUCCUCAACCAGCAUCUGCGCAUCCACUCGGACGUGAGUCCGCACUUGAUCUUCAAGAACGGGAUGACGCCAACCCUCUGGCCCCAGGAUGUACCCUUCCCGCCCGAAGAGGGCAAGGAGGAGGUGGCCUCGACGUUUGGUGACACGGAUACGCAGUCGGGCGCCUUCAGUCCGGCGCCCGGCGACGGCAACUCUAGCCAGUAUCCGGCCUACUUCAAGGAUCCUAAGGGCGGCAACCACGCGGUCUUUGGCGCGGCUGGAGCCUCCGGUACCUUCGGCGCCCUCCAGUACAUCAAGCAGCAGAGCGGUACCGGAACCAACGGCAAGGGCUGCCUCCCCGACGUCAUACAGCACGGCCGCUCCGCCGGUAUGCCGCUCUACGUGCGCUGCCCCAUCUGCCAAAAGGAAUUCAAGCAGAAGUCCACCUUACUGCAACACGGCUGCAUCCAUAUCGAAUCCAGGCCAUACCCCUGCCCCGAGUGCGGCAAGCGAUUCAGGCAACAGUCCCACCUGACCCAACACCUGCGCAUCCACACAAACGAGAAGCCCUACGGCUGCGUAUACUGCGGCCGGAAUUUCAGGCAGCGCACGAUUCUCAACCAGCAUCUACGGAUACACACCGGCGAGAAGCCAUACAAGUGCCAGCAGUGCGGCAAGGACUUCCGCCAAAAGGCCAUCCUCGACCAGCACACGCGCACCCAUCAGGGCGAUCGACCCUUCUGCUGCCCGAUGCCCAACUGCCGACGGCGGUUCGCGACCGAGCCCGAAGUCAAGAAGCACAUUGACAACCAUAUGAAUCCGCACGCGGCUAAAGUCAGGCGAAACUCGAGUAGCGAUACGAAGCCCCCGGGUGGAGGUGGUGCCGGCGGCGCCCCCACCGGCCUCGGACCCGUCAGCGUAGCUCGGGGCCUCACGCCCACCGUCGUCAAGCCCGAGCUUUAUUUCCCCCAGUGCUACGCGCCGGCGUUUAAUCACCAGCCGGCCGUGUCCUCGGCCCAGUUCCCGGGCCAGUCGAACGUUGUCGCGGUCACCGGCGAAUUCAAGCCUCCCACCGGGUUACCGCCCCAGUGACUAGCCGUCCAUCCUGCAGCGUACUAGCAAGCAGGAAUACCGCUGAGAUUUCAGCGAUGCCUCAGCGCGGUUGGGGGGGGUGCUGCUAGUGCGACGCAGCAUCACCAUCACCACCAUCACCA